AGAGGACGACCUGCACGGUAUCCGAAUUAUUUCCGACUGGCAGCUAACGUCUAUCAAGACUCUAACUAUAAUUGGUUCCAGACGGAUUUCGUGAACUUUUAAACUACGCCACCGGGGGACGGAUAGGGGAAGUACAAUUGUGGGAAGCAUUAACGUUACUAAACUGACACCAUAACGAUGUCAAAGGGAAGAUAUAUACUCUUAGCGGUUGUCUGCGGUGCCGUUGCCUUUGCCCUCGGGGUCAUCAUCGGGUGGUUUUCAAGGUCAGGAUUAACCGCGGAAGAUCGGGCAGCACUCAACAAGUGCUUGGCAAGCAUCGAGGAUGCAGAUGAGACGAUCAGAGACCACAUUCUGGAAAAUAUUGAUGCUCAACGAAUCAGAGAGAACCUCAGACAGCUGUCCCAGAAGCCGCACAUGGCGGGAACACCACCCGAUCUUGAGAUGGCCGAACUUUUAAGACGCAAUUGGCUGGAAAACGGGUUGGACGAAGUCAGACUCGUUCCAUACGACGUUCUACUGUCCUACCCACCGCUUGGCCGGGAGGGCCCCAACAACACGGCGGUGACGGUGGACGGAGCCGACCCUGCCCGACAGUAUGAGGACACCCGCACCUUGCACAUUGAGCCCGAGUACCAGGACGACCCUGAUGCUGUGCAGUUCUUCAAUGCCUACUCACCUGCAGGACAUCCUGUGGGUGAGCUUGUCUUCGCCAACUAUGGCCGGCUGGAGGACUUUGAUUACCUGAGGCAGGUCGGCGUCAACUGCACGGGGAAAAUCGUCUUGAUGAAGUACAGGUCUGGCGGGAGAGGUCAAAAGGCUAAAAACGCAGCCUCUGCCGGGGCAAUAGGAGCGAUACUGUACCCGGAACCAGCGGACACCAACGAGCCUGGUGGGAAGGUCUACCCCGAUGGAUGGAACCUCCCCGGGACGGGUACUGAGCGCGGAGGUGCGCUAUUGGAAACUGGAGAUCCACUAACCCCGGGGUAUCCUGCUACAGACUACGCAUACCGCUUGUCAAAGGACAAGAGCAGUGUGUUCCCACCCAUUCCUCUCCAGCCUAUUGCAUAUAAUGACGCCCAGAAAUACUUAAGCCAUCUAGAUGGUGACAUUGCCCCUGCCGGCUGGAAUGGUUCCCUGCCGAUCACAUACAGACUCGGACCAGGUUUCACCGGCGACUGGGCAGGUCGCAAGGUGGCGUUGCAUGUCUACACGAAUACGACCAUGCGCAGGGUGUACAAUGUCGUGGGGAUGAUCAAAGGUGAAGUAGAACCAGAUCGUUACGUGAUGUUGGGGAACCAUUACGACUCCUGGGUGCAGGGAGCCAUUGACGACACCAGCUCAACAGCCAUCAGUCUGGAGCUCACCAGGGUUUUCGGAGGACUUGUUAAGGAUGGUACAUGGCGGCCACGGAGGUCUAUAGUUUUCGUGGCCUGGGGAGCGGAAGAGUUCGGCUUGAUAGGAUCACAUGAAUAUGUUGAACAAUUCACCGGUCUCAUCAAAGAUCGGGCUGUCGCCUACAUAAACAUGGAUAUAGGAGUCGGGGGAAAUUACACCAUAUUUGCUGGUUGCAGCCCAUCUAUGGUUGACAUCAUCUAUGACACAACCAAACAGGUGCCAGACCCAGAUGCAUCUCUUGGAAAAAGUGUAUACGAGACGUGGUCAGAGAGAGAUCCAACAGAUGCCGACGCAGACGUGAAAAUUCCCAACCUUGACUGGCCACGUGUCAGUACAGACUACAUCCCAUUUGGUCUCCGUGUCGGCACUCCACUUUUUACCUUCGCCUAUGUUCAUGACCAGACCAACUACUCCCCCCGGGCGAUCUAUCCGUCCUACCACACUGCGUAUGACAAUAUGGAUCUGAUGGAGAGGUUUGUGGACCCGGACUUCACUGUUCACCGGGCCAUGGCGCGUAUUUCAGGAGAGCUGAUUCGAAGACUGGCAGAUUCUCUGGUUCUUCCUUAUGACUGCCGGAAGUACUGGCUGAGUCUGAGCGCGUUUCUGCAAGCCACAGAACAGGAUUUCGGCUCCAUGUUAUACAACCAGGGCAUCAGUAUAGACGCGUUACGUUCGGCAGUCUACAACUACACAGCAGCCGCCGAAGGCUUCCAUGAUCGGCUACAGGCAAUCGACAGGAAGGACCCUCUCCAGAUCCGAAGUCUGAACGAUCAGAUGGUCCAGGUCAACACAGCCUUUAUUGACAUCCACCAGCCUCAUCAUUCCAACAAACAUGUUCUCUAUUCACCGUCGGGAUGUGCCACAAACCGCAGCGCCGCUUUCCCCGGCAUAGUGAGGACGAUGUGCGGCGGACCAGCGGACGAUGAAGGUUGGGAGGAAGUAAAGAAGGAAGUGGCAGCGAUAACGUCAACUAUCCAAUCAGCUGCUGACGUCAUCAGUGACGUAGACAGUAUCUUGGGCCAGUCCUGAGGAUGGCAUAGGCAGCUCACAGGGGGUGUUUGGCAGUAUGGUUACAACAGGAUAUAGUACUGUUCUGAUCUGUUUUCCUUUCCUUUAUUCCGAUACCCUUUAGCCCUAUUUAGGGCUAGUCUACCAGGGUUCAUAUGAAACAAUGAAACAUACAUAAACAAACGCAAAGUUUUAAAGUUCAACAUGUCUGUAAGAAGGAGGAUGCGAGCUCCCGACAACACUAAUCGGUAAAAUAAGACUAAGUCUUGUAGGGCUUGACUAAACGCACAUUCAUAUUCGCACUACGUCAUAAUUGUGUGUUUUCGUUGGUAUAACUAGGCUGCACACACCUACCCUGACAAACUUUGGGGCACUACGACCCGAGUGAUGAGGGUCAAUAACGUUUUGAAGAUGAGUUUUAGAAAACGGUAGAAUUAAAGUAACCGAUUAUGCUCCUCGAAUAAAU